UUUAACUUGCUACUCAAUUUGUUCUACUUCACCAAUGGCAUCUUCAAGACCCGUCAAACUCAUGUCCUUACCUUCACCACUGCUUCUAGUUCUUGUACUCAUGCUCACAUCUCUAGCCAAGGCUCAAAGGCUUACCGAAACCAUCACGGAGUUUUACUUGCAAGACUUAGCCUCCGGUUCUAACGCCACUGUUAUCCCCAUCACCGGCAUUAAAAACAAGCCUUUGUCCUUCACCUCAUUCGGCACCAUUUUCGCUCUUGAUGAUCCAAUCACAGUAACCUCGGACAAAAGCUCGACUGAAAUUGGUCGAGCUCAAGGCAUCAUGGUGGCCUCGUCACUGUCCGGCUCUAAUGUCCAUGUUUCAAUGUCGUUUGCUUUUAGCAAUGGUAGCAGCCUUGAGAUACAAGGCACCAGCCGUCAGUUCGAGAGGUACAAGGAGCUCUCUGUGGUUUCAGGGACCGGAACCUUCAGAUAUGCGAGGGGCUAUGCUACCUUGGAGAGCAUUUACUAUGACAAUAGAACUUCCUACUCUAUCAUACGGUGCACCACUAGGAUCAUUCUGUCCUGAACGAACCAGUUCCCAAAUAGUUUCGAUAUAUCUGCUAGCUUUGUUAUGCCUGCUGUUCUUGGAUUAGCUGUGUUUUUUAAGUAUGCAAGUGUUUGGGCUUGGUGCGUUGUGCUUCUUCUGGGUUUUCGUACCUUGUUGUGUAUUUGGGCCUUUUGGGCCGUAUUA